UAGUAAUCGACACGUUGAGAUGGAACGCCACUGUGUUCUACUCUUGCUGUUGAGUACACUGGUAUACUGUAGCCUCGGACAAGGUGGAGAUCUCUCUCUUCCAGCAUCUCUGAUUGUCAGUCCUGACAGAUCUCAGUUCUUUGAAUAUGAGUCUGUCUCUCUGAGCUGUGAGGUUCAGGGGAACUCUACUGGAUGGAGAGUGGUGAGGAACACAGAGAGAGGAAUCCUUUCAGAGUGUCAUACUGACUGGGGAAAACAACAAGGGUCUUCAUGCAUUGUAUCACUAAUAACAUCAGACAGUGGAGUGUACUGGUGUCAGUCUGGGUCUGGAGAACACAGCAAUGAUGUCAACAUCACAGUACCUGAUCUCUCUGUUCCAGCCUCUCUGAGUGUCAGUCCUGACAGAUCUCAGUUCUUUGAAUAUGAGUCUGUCUCUCUGAGCUGUGAGGUUCAGGGGAACUCUACUGGAUGGAGAGUGGUGAGGAACACAUCGAGAGUAAUCCUUUCAGAGUGUAAUACUGACUGGGGAAAACAACAAGGGUCUUCAUGCAUCACGUCACUAAUAACAUCAGACAGUGGAGUGUACUGGUGUGAGUCUGGGUCUGGAGAACACAGCAAUGCUGUCAACAUCACAGUACAUGCUGGAGCUGUGAUCCUGGAGAGCCCUGCCCUUCCUGUGACUGAGGGAGAUUCUGUGACUCUGCGCUGCAGAUAUCAGGGAACUCCCUCUGACCUCACAGCUGAUUUCUACAAAGAUGGAUCCCUCAUCAGGACUGAGACUACAGGAGAGAUGACCAUCCCUGCAGUAUCCAAGUCAGAUGAAGGACUCUACAAGUGUACCAACUCUGAAGGAGAAUCACCAGAGAGCUGGAUUACUGUGACAGAUAAUAGUCCCUCAUCCUCCUUCACUCCAUCCUCCUCUCCCCCCGUCUCUCCUCCCUCCUCUCUCCUCCCCUCCUCUCUCAUCCUCCCUCUGUCUGUCUCUGGGUUGGUGGCUGCUCUCUCCAUCUCUCUGAUCAUUCUACUGGUCCUGUUCUGCAAGAAGAGGAACAAACAUGUAGCAGCUGAACCCAGAGAUGUUACCUAUGCUGACGUCAGAAUCACACAGGACCCAGAACCCAGGAGAAGGAGAGAGAAGUCUCCAGGAGCUGAUCCAGUCUACUCUGCAGUGAAGACCUCCAACACCACAGUUCCAGGUGGAUCUGGUCCAGGUGAAGUGACCUAUGCUGACAUCAACCACACAGAGAAGAGACAACACAAUAGGAGGAGAGAGAACGUCGUUCCAGACCCUGUCUUCUCAGCAGUGAAGACAGACAGACAGAGAUACAGUGACCCUGUUCAUCAGAACGUCAUGGUGGGUGGAAAAAGAUGCUCUCUUCAGCAGCGGUGAAUAACCACAACCCUAUCAGUCCAUCUCUUUACUUCUCAUUUCUCUUAUAUUCUCUCUCCCCCCUUCCCUUUUCACACCAACACACUUAUCUUUAGACGCUGCGGCCUUGACCUCUGUCAACAGCAUCGGCAACAGAGAGAUGUGAAGUUUCCACAACAGAAUUAGGUUUAGUUUAUCAUGUACUUCUCUUUAGACGCUGCAGCCUUGACCUCCAUCAACAGAGUUAGAGUCAGUUUAUCAUGAGAACAUACAGACACCACUGACUGGAACCAGCUGACAGUAUCAGUUGUAAAGGCUUCAUUACUACUAACAGAAGGAAAGUUGUAGUGUCCAUGAUGAAUGAUGUAAAGGCUUCAUUACUACUAACAGAAGGAAAGUUGUAGUGUCCAUGAUGAAUGAUGUAAAGGCUUCAUUACUACUAACAGAAGGAAAGUUGUAGUGUCCAUGAUGAAUGAUGUAAAGGCUUCAUUACUACUAACAGAAGGAAAGUUGUAGUAUUAUGUCCAUGAUGAAUGUCGUAAAGGCUUCAAUGUGUUUUAUAUUCUAAUUGUUUAUGUAAAAUUGGAAAUUGUAUUUUUCUAGGAUUUCAUUUUGUGUGUUCAGCUUAAGCAACACAAGUGUAUGGUUGCCAACUUGCCAAAUAAAGUUCCAUGUGUUGUA